UUCUACGAUUUUCGAUUGGGUAUAAAAGAUGGAGAGCCACACGAAUAUCAAUCAUUCACUCACUCGAACGACAUGGAUUUCAACGCAAUUCUCGAGAAGACCAAGGCCUUCAGCAAGAAGCCCCCAACGGAGGUUUACCUGGAGUUCUAUGGCCUCUACAAGCAGAUCCAUGAGGGCGAUAUUGCCAUCGAGAAGCCCGCCGAUGCUGAGGGUGCUGCCAAGUACGAUGCCUGGCUGAGCCGCAAGGGACUGUCCGUUGAUGCCGCCAAGGCCGCCUACACUGCCCUGUACGAGAAAUACGAUCCCAUCUACGGAUAAGCUAUAGCUAGACUCCCCCCUGUACCCCUUUACCACUGUCCCCCUGCCCCACGUCCCUGAGCAACAACUUUGUCUUUGAUCCGGCAAUAAAUCUUGUUUAGCCAAUAGUUUUUAUUGGUUCUCUGA